UUUUGGGCACAGAGAGAGAGAGAGAGGGAGGGAGAGAGAGAGCGAGCAAAGAGUUGGUGAUGGCUUUACAGAAUUUACCUUCCCUGCUUCGACACAAAGGCCUUCGGAGCUCCAGUGCCAUCAGGAAUGUGAACAUUUGUGGCGUUGCGACAUCCCUCAGUAAGUCGACUCUGCCGCUGCCAUGGAUGCCGAGUACGCAGCACUUUCAAACUCUUCAUCCCUGGACUGGUUCGCUUCAAUCAGGGAAUACUCGAAAACCUCCUGCCUAUGUUGAAGGAAAUUCUCAAAGUCGAGGGCUUUAUAGGGAUCUUGUUCUUCGUCCCCAUCACAGUCCUAAAUUCCAUAAAGCUCUUAAAGGUGAAGCUGCGAUGCGUUUUCUGACGCAACCAGCUGCUGCUUCUGUCCAUGGGUCUCUUGUUUGCUUAGCUUUCCUUCAAGAUGGUGAGGCAUCCGUGGUAAUGUCUGGAACUGUGGUACGUUCAGAUGGUAUAGUUGCAACUUCCACUGAUUGUUUGAGACAUCUCAAAGGCACUGAAUACAAGAUUGGUGUCAAGAUUCUUGGUCGUCCAGAGAAAUACGAGGGUGUCUUGUUGCAUACUGAUUCUCUAUCCAAAAUAGCUUUUGUGAAGAUUUUAUGUUGUCGACAACUACAAGUACCAGAAUGUGGAAAGUUGGAGUCUGAGCGAGAAGGAGAUGAGGUGGUUGCCGCGGGCAGUGUUCGGGUGUAUGGUAAUUGGACGAAUGCAACACCUGGUUAUUCUCUUGGUUUGUUCAGAUCUAUUGAUGAUGACGUGGAAAAAGCAGUCUCUCACAAUGCAAGGACAUCUGGGCAGUUGAUAAAAGCAUCAUUUCCUAUUGGAAAACAUUUUACUGGGGGAGCUCUCGUCAGUGAGUAUGGAGGAGUUCUUGGUGUCAUUCGCAAGAUACGUGCCUCUGAAACCCAAGCAAUUCCAAUUGAGGAUGUUUUGAAGUAUUUGGAGUAUUUUGAGAAACAUGGGGAACAUGCAAAAGAUGUGGAGGGUGCAUGAUUUCGAUCGCAUGGUUACAAGGCUAUUUCUGGUAAUGGUGUUUCUUUGGAGACUCCAUAAGCUGCUGUUUUAUUUUGUCCUGGUAUGUAGUGUAGUGUAAUGGUAUGUAAUGCAUAUUUAAACACUGCACUGUAGGUUUUUUUUUCCCUAUAUUUAAGUCUGGUUUGUUGUGACUUUCGUAUUUAUCUUGUGUGGUGUAACUAAGCAAGUUAAAUUUGAAGGCUCGUUGGUUUAUCCGAUCUUGAGUAAAGUUUAUUCCGCUUUAGAUC